CGUAACUACCAGACAACACAGUGUUGUGACCUGGGCGCAUUUGACAUGGUCUUUGACAAAUUGCUGAUUGCUGUUACCCUCAUGAAAAAAGCAUUACUUAGUAGCUAGUGUCUAGUUUGCGGAAUCGAGAAUACUGGAGCGGAUGAGCAGAGUUUCGACAUAUCCUGCAGAUUCAAAAUGAAAAUAUCUUACAGACUCAGGACUUUUCUAUCGUCAUUAUUUGUACGAUUGAUGCUUCUCACGCACACGUUAAUAGCAUGUUGGAGAGCGGCAUCUUCCACCAACAAUGAAUACUACUGGCUGCUGGCCGCACCGAUUACUUUGCAACUUAUUGAAUUUAUGGUGAUGGUCACGUUCAGGAAAGGAGUCGAAGGAUUAUGGUUCUGUCCGUGUUUCUUCUUUUACCUACUGAGCACAGUCCCCGCUAUCUGGAUCCUGGAGCUGGACCGACUGGCACGGUACACGGAGAUCUACGAGAGCAGCAACAGCUCCAGCGUUGAGUCACUGUCUGCAAUACAAGGGGUAUCAUUACCCAUUACACUGAGUCCAAGCCUCUGGAUGUCAGUCAUAGAACAAUCCUUUCUGUUCCUCAUCAUCAUAGGCCGAUGGAUACUUCCGCGAGGGGAGCUAACUCGUGACAAACUUUCGCAGCUGCUUUUCGUCUACAUCGGCAUGGCAUCGGACAUCAUGGAUCUAUUUGUCCUGUUUGAGGAGCCCGACGUGCGCAAGGACCGCAUCUACACGUACGUCAUCCUCGUUCUCUGGUCCAUCAGCCUGCUUCAGUUCUCAAUCGUCCUAACAGCCACAAAAAGUCCAAAAAAAUCUCGCCCGGCUUUGGUGCACCCUGAAGAUGAGUUUGAAGAAGAAAAAAAGAAAACGUGCGGCUCAUGCUGUGGGUGCUUGAAAACCGAGAUUUGGAGUCUCCUUCUCUCGUUUUUGAUGCAAGACGGCCCCUUCCUUACGUGUCGACUGUACGGCCUCAUCCGUUACAAUCUCAUCACCUACAGCAUCAUCUUCUACACCUGCAAGAACCUCUUCGUCGUCAUGCUCCUGAUCUACAGAUUGCUCGUGCUCUGCUGCUUUGAAAAUGAAUCUGAGACCGACAAGGCUGCUCACAGGGCCGUGAGGAAAGCGGCAAUGGUCAGGGGUAUGUCCACACGUGCAGCCAAUGCGCGGAUCGCAUUGGUCGAGGAAGACUACGCCAAUGGCGGCAGCAGACGACAGGGGGCCAGGCGGAGUAAAGGUCGCAGUAUGAACAGCCCAACGACAAACCAAGGCCAAACACGCAUCGUUGAAGUCGAAUGAGUGUCUCUUCAAUCUUCCGGAUUUGAGGGCUACAACGUGCUGUAACCUGCCUCGGGUACCUGGGUGCCGGAGCAGGGACGUCCGAAUCAGCAGUACACUGUUAUAUUUUCCGUCCAUUCAUAUUGUGAUCCAGAUGUACAGUUCCGCUUAAUAUAUGCUUUAUAGCGCCUUAUAGUGCUUGAUGUUUUCGCUGACUAAGCACUACUGACAUACGCUGAUUAUAAGUUGUGUUUUGGCCUUUUCUAUAAAAUGUUUCUUUUUCGUUUGAAAAAGUAACCUAGAAAUAUUUUGGGGUUUUUUUUAUCGAUAAAGCAACGAUUACUAAGGUCACGCCCACUAACGGUAUUCUGUUUCCUGAUUUGUUGAUAACAGCAUGGACAGGGCUUGCUGAAUGUCACUGAUUCGCAUUUUCGUGUACAGUUUUUGUUUUUGUAUUUUUAUGAUUAAAUAUGCAGUAUGUGAA